CAGACAGUAAAGACGGCGUAUUCGUGAAACAAAAGGCCAAACGAAGAGGAUCAGCAUUAGUAGAGGACCAGGCUGCACCACUAGACGUUGAGUGAAUCCAUUGCGUCAUCUGAAAACAAUAGCAAACAUCAUUAAUCAAGAAAGAGCGGAUUUCCCGUGGUUUAUAACCCCAGACAAACAUCGGCUGCCACACACAUGAAUUCCAGCAGGGAAGUCACCAGUAACAUCGACGAUAUGGAAAACGCGACGGAAAUCGAUGGCAAUGCUUCACUGGUAUUAUCCAACACUAAUGAGGAUGCAUUCUGGAGCAAAGAACAGUUGGUGUUCUUGAAUCACGUCCCUAGAAACGCUUUCCUCAUUAUGGGCUUGAUUGUCUCAACUAUAGGCAUCGUCGGGCUAGUGGCUAACGGAACAGUCCUUUUCAUCUUCUCGAGAUUUAAAAGGCUAAGAUCGCCCCCGACCAAUACGUUCAUCAUUAAUUUGGCUUUAAGCGACAUGGCGGCGUCAGCUCUGCAUUCGAUGGCUUCCUAUUCAAAUUUUAAUGGGCGUUGGGCAUUCGGCAGUCUUGGAUGUCAACUGUAUGCAAUGGGAAUUACCUGUUUUGGCCUCGUUUCCAUUUUGACAUUCAGUGCCAUCGCAUGUGAGAGAUGCCUCGUCAUCAGUUUGACAGACAGCCACUGGAAAGUGAGUCGAAUUCAGGCCAAAAAAGUAUGUGGCUUCAUCUGGUUGCAUUGCACCGUCCUGGUGAGUUUGCCCAUCUUCGGAUGGUCGUCGUACGUUCCGGAAGGAUUGCUGACGACUUGUUCCUGGGAUUACAAGACAAGGACAAUAUCUAAUAGAGCCUACUAUAUUCUGCUUCUUACCGCUGGAUUUUUUCUGCCCGUCUUACUCAUCUUCAUCAGCUACGGCCGCAUUUUGACGUCCAUUUUAUCGCAGGCCCGACAAAUGGUUUGCACAAAUUCGCACAACAGCGUCUUGCUCAAAUUACGGCGACAAACGGAAAUCAGAACGGCUCAAAUCGUCGUCACGCUUAUCCUCCUUUAUUUGGCAGCCUGGACUCCUUACGCAGUUGUUACUCUGUUAGGCCAGUUUGGACCGCAAGAUUCUCCACCGUCGCCAUUGGCUACUGCUAUAACGGCCUAUUUCGCCAAAACAGCAGUUCUCAUUGAUCCACUAGUCUUUGGUUUCUGUCAUCCACAUUUUCGCAAUUCGCUCAAAAAUUACCUGUUAAAUUUGUGCUUUUUACGUAACGUUGAAAUCGGUUCCGACAUCCGUCCCCAUCCUAGCGGCGGCAUUUCGAAAUGCAGCAGCAAAAGUUGGCCGGGCGGACUGCCCAGUGGUUACCAUUCACGCGGAAUGACCGUUUAUCCGACGACAGCUUGUUGCGCCCUGCAAAUCUGCGAACCACACACUUGCACACGAUUUUUAUCUUCUGAUAAUGUCGCCACUAACGUAGGCAAUACAAACAGAAGAAACGGCCGGAUGCUCAGGACGUUCCGCGAAUUGUCCCUCAAUGACGUUGCCCAGACAAGUUUUUCAACCAAGAAUCGGGUGGUGGGGGCUGCAAACAGUAGAAAUAGUAGCUCUUCUCGUACAACUCGAACAUCUAGAAAUCAAGCACAUUCCAGUUUAAGAUAUAAAGUUCGCAACGCCGAGUUCUACAGUGAAAUUAUUGGCUGUUCGGCCGUUUCAGUUGAUGUUUUCGGCGGUACUCACGCUUAAGCCACAAAUAUCAUUUAAAGUCCGGCGGAUACUAUUUCCUAAAUCUCACUUAAAUAAUAUCAUGUUGUAUAUGAAAGUGCAAAUACUACACUAGCUUGUUUCUAAGCAAAUGAUUGUUCCUUACACUCACUACGUCACGAUGUCUUUUUCAAAUAAUGUAUCUACUAAUAAAUAAUGUAAUUACUGCGCUGUGCGACUCUGCGUCCAGAGGUGACGUCACCUAUAAUCUAACAUUAUAGUUGCUACUGAAGAAUUUGCGAAUCAAUAAAUUAAAUCGCAUCAUUCUAAUGACACAAGCUCUACCGGCUAAUUGGAAACUCG